AGGGAUCAGCAGGACUCUCUGAAGGGUCAGGCUGUGGUGGUGAUGAGGGGCGGCUGUGAUUUCGGUCAGAAGGCUCUGGUCGCUCAGGAUCUGGGUGCAUCUGUACUUCUGAUCGCCAGCAUUAAAAAUAUGCUGACGCCGUCGGUAAACAACUCUGUGUUCAGUAAGAUGAAGAUUCCUCUGGCCCUCGUGAGACACCGGGACAUCCUGGACGCGCUGCAGGUGUUUCCUCAGGGGAUGGAGGUGAGGUUAUACGCUCCUCCUGUUCCUCCGUUUGACGCCAGCAUCAUCGUCAUGCUGAUGCUCGCCGUGUUUACGGUGACGAUGGGUGGAUUCUGGAGCGGCGCGGCUGAGAAACUGAAGCAGGCCCCAGGUCCGGUGUGUGACGCAGCUGAGGGACGCUCUGACAGCAGCGAGCUCUCGCUCUACUCUCCGCUGAAGGUGCUGCUGUUCGUGGCCAUGAUGUGUGUGAUGCUGGUGCUCAUGUACUUCUUCUACCGCUGGCUGGUUUAUGUGAUUAUCGUCAUAUUCUGCCUGGCGUCAGCAUCAGCGCUCUAUAACUGCCUGGAUUCACUGAUGACUGCACUGGGCUGCAGCACGCUCAGUGUUUCCUGCAGAGAGAGAAGUGUUCCUGUGCGUUCACUGCUGCUCGCCGCCGUCUGCAUCACACUGUCUGUCAUCUGGGGAGUGUACCGCAACGACGACAGGUGGAUCUGGAUUCUUCAGGAUCUGCUGGGAAUCGCCUUCUGCCUGAACUUCCUGAAAACCAUCAGCCUGUCCAACUUUAAGAUCUGCGUGAUUCUGCUCAGUCUGCUGCUGGUCUACGACGUCUUCUUCGUCUUCAUCACGCCGUUCCUGACGCCGAAUGGAGAGAGCAUCAUGGUGCAGGUGGCUCUCGGCCCCGGCGCGGGAGGGAAGGGUGACAGCAAUGUAGUGGAGGUUCCAGGCGACAACACGUCCUCCUACGAGAAAUUGCCGGUAGUGAUGCGUAUCCCACAGUUCUCUGCGCUGGCUCAGAAUCUGUGCAUGAUGCAGUUCUCCAUCCUGGGCUAUGGUGACAUCAUCAUACCAGGUCUGCUGGUGGCGUACUGCCACAGGUUUGACGUGUGGAUGGGAAACUCCAGAAGAAUCUACUUCAUCUCCGGCGCCGUCGCGUACGCCGUGGGUCUGGUGCUGACGUUCACAGUCAUGCUGCUGUCGAAGAUGGGUCAGCCGGCGCUGCUCUACCUGGUUCCCUGUACGCUCCUGACCAGCGCCGUCCUCGCCUGCGUCCGCAAGGAGUUCACACACUUCUGGAGCGGCACCGGGACCUACCAGGUCCUGGACGAGUCUAGGAAGCCCUUAUUAUCAGAUGGAGAUGCUGGUCACGCCGGCGGAGUGAGGAGCUGCUGAGAUUCUGACUGAUCUUCAUCACUCAAUCACACUGGGACACUUUACUAAAACAUCAGACUGUCUGAAAAUUAUUCUUUAAGGGGCCUUAAAUAACCAGAUCAUCCUGCUGUUUUUUGUCUUUCACUUUUUUAUGCGAUCAUUUUUUUAAUGUUGGGAAUAUUUGACAAAAGCCUCUCUUUCUCUGUAAUCGAAAUAAAUACAAAUCUGAAACCUGAA